AUGAGCAAACUUAUUGUCAGCUCGACUGAGCAUCCAUCGCUCGUCGACGUUGAAUACCUACGUAAGCUGGCUGGGGUUACAUUACCCCUUUCCUCAGACUCUAUUCAGGCUACACCCAUCUCAUGUGACUCGUCAGACCCCAAUGGUCAGCCUAUACAAGUGACGAACAUUCUCCAUUGCCUCACUACUUCAACAUCAGCCUCACUCAGCUCUGAAUUCAGUACACCAGCCCAUGCUUCCUCGGGCCUCACAUUAGAACAGCAGUCCGGGAAUUCUGAGCAGCUUGAGGAGACCUCUUUCACUUGUACCACCACAACCGAACUCGAAGCUCGUAGGUUUACUAAGAUGGAGCAAACUGAAGCUGGCUCCAUUGAUCUCGAAGUAGCUGCUGAUUUUUCUGCCGUUUCUGAUGGCAGUUUUGAUUGCGCCAGUGUUAAACAUGUUGAUGGUGGUUCAGCUGGUCUUAAACCUUCUCUCUCUUCAGCCAAUAUUAGACUAAUAUCGGAUACUUCGAAGCCCGAGAGGGUUAUAUGUUCACCCAUUUGCAAUUACUUGGCAUCCUCACAUGUUAUUUCACUCGGUCAGCACACGCUAAUGCUACCGACAACCGUUACUGCUGUUGCUACCGCGCCUCCAAUAUCUGUCUCCAGCAAUUUUAGUUUAGCUGAACUGACGGGCCACAUUCGCUGUCAGCUGCAAAGUCGGGUCCGCAGAGGUCGCCCCCGGGCUAAUACUCGUCUUCUACGCUUGCAAGAGGAUAUGAAUGCCUCUACUGCCGCCACCUCACUUUCUAUUACGCUUCCAGGAACAAUUAUCGUGACCAAGGCUGCAUCAAUUUCUGUGGCUCCAUGGAAUCAAUCAUCAGGGAAACCUUUGGCUAUGAUGCUAGGUGGC